AUGGGCAACACGCCGGCCGCCAAACGGGGAAACGAGAUGGAAAGCGUUAAAGAGUUUCUGGCCUUCGCCAAAGAAGAUUUCCUCAGGAAAUGGGAGAAUCCGGCACAGAACACGGCAGGCCUGGAGGACUUCGAGCGGCUGAAGACUCUGGGCACCGGCUCGUUCGGCCGCGUGAUGCUGGUCAGACACCGAGAGACCGGCCAGCACUACGCCAUGAAGAUCCUCAACAAACAGAAGGUGGUGAAGCUGAAGCAGAUCGAACACACACUAAACGAGAAGAGGAUCCUGCAGGCCGUCAGCUUCCCCUUCCUCGUGCGCCUGGAGUACUCCUUCAAGGACAACACUAAUCUCUACAUGGUGAUGCAGUACGUUCAGGGAGGGGAGAUGUUCUCACACCUGCGCAGAAUCGGCAGAUUCAGUGAACCCCAUGCACGCUUUUAUGCUUCACAAAUAGUUUUGACGUUUGAGUAUCUGCAUGCCCUUGACCUGAUCUACAGAGACCUUAAACCAGAGAACCUCCUCAUCGAUCAGCAGGGAUACAUCCAGGUGACAGACUUUGGCUUCGCGAAGCGGGUGAAGGGCCGCACGUGGACGUUGUGUGGGACCCCGGAGUAUCUGGCCCCGGAGAUCAUCCUCAGCAAGGGUUAUAAUAAGGCGGUGGACUGGUGGGCUCUGGGUGUGUUGAUGUACGAGAUGGCUGCUGGUUAUCCUCCAUUUUUCGCCGAUCAACCCAUUCAGAUCUACGAAAAGAUUGUCUCAGGAAAGGUACGGUUCCCGUCGCACUUCAGUUCGGACCUGAAGGACCUGUUGAGAAACCUGUUGCAGGUGGACCUCACCAAACGCUUCGGAAACCUUAAAAACGGAGUCAACGACAUUAAAGGACACAAGUGGUUCUCCACUACUGACUGGAUAGCCAUUUACCAGCGGAGGGUGGAGGCCCCGUUUGUGCCUAAAUGCAGAGGGCCCGGGGACACCAGCAACUUCGACGACUACGAGGAAGAGGAGAUCCGUGUGUCGUUCACGGAGAAGUGCGCAAAAGAAUUUGCCGAAUUCUAGAGGAAGAAACUAUAGAAAUCAGAGCGAGGGAUAUAGGUGGAGAAAGAGAGAGAGAGAGAGAGGAGAAAAAGUGCAUGAAUCUUAAAAACCGAUCCUUCCUCCUGUAAAACAGCAGAGAAACCAGCGGAAGAGUCCAGAGAAGACCUCCAGGGAUAAACAGUGAGGCCUUUAUCAUCUCCUCUAUUUUAAUCAUGUUUGCAAUUUUCUCUCUUUUUUUUUUUUUAAAUCUCUGUUCAUGUGAUAUUAACCAUGAUGGAUUCGAUAGGGUGUAAUUGUUGGCCUGUGGACUGGGAUUGUUGUUGCCGCACAAAAAAAAAAAAAAAAAAACAGACUGGAUUAGUUAAAUCUCUAAUCUUGAACAGUUACCACUAAGGUGGAAGUUCUCCACUAG